ACUAGAGACCGAGGAUGAAGUUUUGUGUCGGAGAGUGCAUGAAAACUGGGACGUGAGCGAAUUCAAUACCCCACACGCGGAAUAUCUAACGGCUGAUAAGCGGCAGGUCGCCGGUAAACUGUCCUUUUCUUGGCGACAGAUCGAGCUACAGGUGUGUUGCAUGUGUUCGCGAUCAGUACAAAUUUUGUCCAGACAACUGAAAGUUUCCCAACUUCGUGUAUUUCACAUCAUCGCCAUGGAUACAGUCCCACCUGCAGCAUCAGGCGUCCGCAGCGCCAGCAGUUUCCUGUUUGACAAGGCAUUUGUCGAUGGGCAGUGGGUCGGUGCAAAGUCAGGCUCAGUAUACCAAAUCACCAACCCAUCGACAGGCAAGGUGAUUGGUUCCGUACCUGACAUGAACGGAGACGACACCCAGCAGGCCAUAGAGAAGGCUAAUCUGGCAUUCCUCAAGUGGAGGGACACCACAGCAAAGGAACGGAGCUUGAUUCUCAGGAAGUGGUUUGAUCUAACCAUCCAAAACAAGCUGGAGUUAGCUAAACUACUGACAGCUGAAAAUGGCAAACCCUUGAAAGAGGCCAUUGGGGAGAUAGGCUACGCAAGUGGGUUUAUCGAGUGGUAUGCGGAGGAAGCUCGGCGUGUGUACGGUGAUGUCAUUCCGUCAACAGCUGCCAGCAAGAGGAUGCUGGUCUUGAAACAGCCUAUUGGAGUAGCCGGUAUGAUCACUCCUUGGAACUUCCCCAGUGCUAUGAUCACAAGGAAGGCCUGUGCGGCCAUUGCUGCCGGUUGCGCCGUCGUCUUGAAACCAGCAGAAGACACGCCGUUCUCAGCUCUGGCUAUGUGUCAGCUGGCCAAGGAGGCAGGCCUCCCGGACGGAGUCUUGAAUGUGGUGACCAGUUCCCGCGACAACGCCCCUGCAGUGGGCAACUUGCUGUGCACCAGCCCCGUCAUCAAGAAGAUCUCCUUCACAGGGUCCACAGUCACAGGGAAGAUUCUCCUCCAGCAGUCGGCUUCUACAGUGAAGAAGGUCUCACUAGAGCUGGGCGGAAAUGCACCGUUCAUUGUGUUCAACAGUGCCGACAUUGAGGCAGCUGUCCAAGGUACCAUGGUCAGCAAGUUUCGAUGUAGCGGACAGACGUGUGUGUGUGCCAACAGGAUAUUGGUUCAGGAAGGAGUGUAUGACCAGUAUGUUGCGCGUCUCGCGGAGGUCAUGAACCAAGAACUGAAGGUCGGGGACGGCUUUGACGACAGCACCACACAAGGACCUCUCAUCAACAGCAAGGCUGUGGACAAGGUAGAAAGCAUCGUGGAGGAUGCCAAGAGACUUGGUGCAAGGCUGGGAUGUGGGGGCAAGAGAUCGGACAAGGGAGUGAACUUCUUUGAACCGACACUGCUCUCCAAUGUCACGCUGGAAAUGAGGUGUGCUCAAGAGGAAAUAUUUGGACCCGUUGCUGCAGUUAUCAAAUUCAAGACAGAGGAGGAGGCAGUUGCCAUAGCAAACUCAUCCAGUUCUGGCCUGGCAGGCUAUUUCUACUCACAAAACCUGAGCCAGAUCUGGCGAGUAGCAGAGAAGUUGGAGGUUGGUCUGUGUGGUGUUAACGACGGGCUCAUCUCCGCCAUAGAGGCGCCUUUUGGCGGAGUGAAGGAGUCAGGUCUCGGUAGAGAGGGCAGCAAAUACGGAAUUGAUGACUACCUUGAAAUCAAAUAUGUCUGUCUCGGAGGUAUAUAACUGCCAUGUGUUCCAAAAUUGUUUUGAAGCAUGUUCAAGAGAAAUUGUAUCAACAGGAUUUUAUGAUGCUGUGCAUUAAAAUCAUGCCUGUAAAUUUAUGUAAGGUUGUGAAUGGUGCAUGACUUCGUAAUUCCAAGGUUCACAAGCCCUGUGAUUCCUUUGCUGGUUCGUUUACUCAAGAAUCAAAACAUUGUUAAAGCAUUUUAGAGGUUCAUGAUUCUUUAAACUUUUAUAUCUGACAUUUUUAAGAGUCAAUACAAAACAAGUACAUUGUAUUUGAAUGACAUUUCAAAACAUUUCUUAUUUAUAUGAAAACAAUUUUGGUUAGUUUUUAACCCCAGAUUAAUUGACAUGAGAUGUGGCUUCAGUGUUGUGCAAUGUAUAAAUUUUAUUACAUGCAAUUAGUAUAAUAUUGAUAAUCAAGUGUGCCAAAACAGAUACAACAGCGACAUAGCCAUCAUUAUCAUAAUACUGAAAAACAAGCCCUGUCUUACGAAUGUUUCCUUCCAUUAAUGAUCAGUAUACCUUCAGUGUUUUGAGUUUGAUACUCAAUCCACCUUAAAUUUGUAAUUGUAAAAUAUCUGUCCUGCCAUACUAGUAUUUGAAUGAAAAAAAUACAGUCCCCCAAUUUUAAAAAAUAUGAAGGGCUGUUGGUAAUAACUACCUACCUCCUACCUAUCUUUCCCCUUGUGCUAGAGAGUAUCCUAGUAGUGUCUCAAUCCUUGCAAUUUUGGUGGUGGUCAUCCAGUGUACAGUGAUAUUCAGAAUAUUUUGUGAACAUGGCAUUAAAAAUUAACAACGAGCAAUAUCUGUGUCUUGUUUCACUUGUUUUGGGUGAAAUAAAUAAAACUGAAAGCUUAAUUCAGUGAAUGGAAUGGGGUCGUAUUUCUCUCUAUCUCAUUUUGAAGUGAUGAAUCAUCUUGAGAAAAGUUGUAAUAUUGAAAAAUAUGAAGGUCUGUUGGUAAUAACAACUUGCCUCCUACCUACGUCAUCCCUUGUGCUAGAAAGUAUCCUAGUAGGGUCUUGAUCCUUGUUGGUGGUCAUCCGCCAUUGUAGUUGAUUAUGUGGAUAACCAUGGAGUAUUUGCUCUGGAGACACUUUGUUGGAUAAAUAUUUUAUCCAUUUGUUCAAGACAACUCUUUGUUGCUUGCUGUCGAGUUGGACAGUGAUAUUUAGAUUAUUUUGUGUUACAGGAAUUGUGAACAUGCCAAUAAAAACAAUGAGCAAUA